GAGCCAUGAGCGGCGCGGGGCAGGAGCAGGAGUUUGACUUCGAUUUCCUCUUCGAGUUCACGCAGAGCGACGAGUGCGGCGGGGGUAGAGAACGCUAUAAUUAUGCAACUCCAAAUGUAAAUGCUGGUUUGCCUCUAAAUGUGGCACAUUCCUCAUUGUCAGCUCCAUGUCAUGGGCUUCAGACAUCCAAUCCAGUCAUUUCAAUUGUCCCAUCAACAAAUCAUCCUUCUGGAUAUGGAGGACAUCUUGACAGUGUGGCCUCUGAAUAUUAUCUGUCUCCAAAUGUCAGACCUAAUGGAGCUCCAGCAUUAGAAAGCCCUAGAAUUGAGAUAACUUCUUAUCUGGGACUGCACCAUAACAACAACCAGUUUUUCCAUGAUGCUGAGGUUGAGGAAGCUAUCCCAAAUGCUAAAAGAUCACCUUCUACUGCUACUUUGAACUUACCAAACAUAGAGGCUUAUAGAGACCCAUCUUGCCUGAGUCCAGCAAGUAGCUUGUCUUCCAGAAGCUGCAAUUCUGAAGCUUCCUCCUAUGAAUCCAAUUAUUCUUAUCCAUAUACUUCACCCCAGACAUCCCCAUGGCAGUCACCAUGUGUGUCUCCUAAGACCACUGACACUGAGGAAGGAUAUCAGCGCAGUAUGGUGGCCUGCACUUUACUUAAUUCACCAAGACAUUCUCCAUCUACAUCUCCCAGAACAAGCAUUACUGAGGAAAACUGGUUAAGUACUCGCAACUCCAGACCACCGUCUCCUUGUAAUAAAAGAAAAUAUAGUCUAAAUGGUAGACAGACCUCCUACUCACCACACCACUCUCCAACACCCUCUCCUCAGAAUUCGCCUCGGGUUAGUGUAACUGAUGACACAUGGCUGGGAAACACUAACCAGUACACCAGUUCAGCUAUAGUUGCAGCUAUCAAUGCCCUUACCACUGACAGUACGAUAGACAUGAAUGAUGGGAUUCCUAUUAAGUCUAGGAAGACUGCAAUAGAUCAUACCCCAUCCAUGACACUCAAGACUGAACCAACUGGUGAGGAUCAUGGGACCAUAUCACCAACUGCUGACUUGUCACCAGAAGAGUUUUCUGGGUUUCAGCACAUCAGAAAAGGAAACUUCUGUGAGCAGUACCUUUCUGUGCCACAGCACACAUAUCCAUGGGUCAAACCAAAGUCUCUGACUCCUGCAUCCUACAUGAGCCCAUCCCUGCCUGCCCUUGAUUGGCAGUUGCCAUCUCACUCAGGACCUUAUGAACUUCGGAUUGAAGUGCAGCCGAAAUCUCAUCACAGAGCUCAUUAUGAGACGGAAGGAAGUCGAGGGGCUGUGAAGGCAUCUGCUGGGGGACAUCCUAUUGUGCAGCUACAUGGUUACUUAGAAAGUGAGCCGCUCACGCUACAGCUGUUCAUUGGGACUGCAGACGACCGCCUGCUGCGACCCCAUGCCUUCUACCAGGUUCAUCGAAUCACAGGGAAGACCGUUUCUACCACCAGCCAAGAAACAAUACUUUCCAACACCAAAGUCUUGGAAAUUCCACUCAUGCAAGAAAACAACAUGAGAGCAAUCAUUGAUUGUGCUGGAAUAUUAAAACUUAGAAAUUCAGACAUUGAACUACGAAAAGGAGAAACAGACAUCGGAAGGAAGAAUACACGAGUGCGGCUGGUCUUCCGAGUUCAUAUCCCGCAAGCCAAUGGGAGAACUCUUUCUCUGCAAGUAGCCUCCAAUCCUAUUGAGUGUUCCCAAAGAUCUGCCCAAGAACUGCCUCUGGUGGAAAAGCAAAGUACUGACAGCUUUCCUGUGAUUGGAGGGAAAAAAAUGAUACUUUCUGGCCAUAACUUUCUGCAAGACUCCAAAGUCAUCUUUGUGGAGAAAGCACCAGGUAUUGUCUUUGAAAUUAGAUUAAGCCUGAUUUUUAAAUCUAAGUGA